AUGGUAGCUAAGAUCGUCUACGCCGCGGCGAUUGUGUUCAACGCGCUCGGGGCUCUCGCAGCCCCAGUGUCGAACAACACCCAAGCCGUCUUCUCUACAACAUGCAACGGCAACAGCUAUAGCUACGACAAGCUUGCGGGCUACGGCUUCGUCCCGAGUGACUUCCGGGACAAAUACGGCGAUACCCUCAGCAUUGGCUCGAGCAUAAGCAUCAAGUCUUGGAAAAAGAGCGGGUGUGGUUACGAGGGUAUCCUCUGGGGUUUGCCGGAUCGCGGCUGGAAUACGGAGGGUACUAUAAAUUUCAUUCCUAGACUGCACAAGUUCUCCAUAAAGUUCACGCCUAAGGGAAGUGCUACUGCUGCAACCCCUGCCUCUCCAAAUCUGCAGCUGGAGUAUCUGGAUACCAUUCUGUUCACUGGUCCCGACGGAACCUACUGCACUGGUCUGGACCCCGACCAGACCGGCGGCCUCGAGUAUCCGGGAUUUCCAGUCCUGCCAACGGCUACGUACGAGGGUGAUGGCUUCGGGGGAGAGGGACCCGGUGGCAGAGCUAUCAGCGUCGAUUCGGAGGGGCUCACCAUUGCCGACGACGGGAGCUUCUGGGUCAGUGACGAGUACGGCCCGUAUCUCUACCAUUUCAGCAGCAGUGGGCAGAUGACCGCAGCCAUCCGGCCUCCGGAUGCAAUCCUCCCAUUAAGGCAAGGCGAAGUCAGCUUUUCUGCCGAUAGCCCUCCCCGUUACGACCCCGACCUGGAGCCGACCCCUGCCGACCCGACGCAGGGCAGGCAAAAUAACCAGGGAUUUGAAGGCCUCACCAUGAGCCCAGACGGAAAGUCACUUUACGUUCUGCUUCAGUCAGCUGCUGAGCAGGAAGGCGGUUCCAGCUCAUCUACACGCAUUCCCGUCCGGUUCUUGAAGUACGAUCUAGAGGGAGACGAUGGCUGUGCAGCAGACGAUGCCGGCCCCGUCUACGCCGGCGAGUGGGUGGUGCCCCUGCCGACUUUCACCAACGCCGCUGGAAAAACUCGGGUGGCCGCACAAUCCGAGGUACACUUCAUUAGCGACUCGCAGUUUCUGUUCCUCCCCCGCGACUCAAGCGUUGGCCGUGGACAGGACGAUUCAACUUCGGUGUAUCGCCAUAUUGACAUCUUUGACAUUUCCAGUGCGACAAAUGUCAUGGGCGCCAGUCAUGACGCAUUCAACACCUCCAUUGCAUCCUCUAAGGGUGUGGUCAAUUCAGACGUGGUCGCGGCUACAGUAUGCCCCUUCCUCGACUUCAACAUCAACUCAGAGCUGAACCGCUUCGGACUCCACAACGGCGGUGACCAGGAUGCCGGGCUCCUGAACGAGAAAUGGGAAAGCAUCGCGCUUGUCCCAGUCGACGGAGAGGAUGGCGCCAAUGAUGAGUAUCUCCUGUUUUCGGCGUCAGAUAAUGAUUUCAUCACACAAAAUGGCUAUAUGAACGGUGGUAAGCUGCAGUAUCAGGAUGCCUCCGGGUUCAACCUGGAUCACCAAGUUCUCGUCUUCAAGGUGACGCUGCCCAAGGGCAGUAAGCCCCUUGUCGCCUAG